AUGGAGACAGCGCAAUCAAGUAGACGAAAAGCGUGCGAUUACUGUGUAUCGCGGAAAAUUAAAUGCGACGGGCGCAAACCGACAUGCUCGAAUUGUACACUAUACGCGGUUACCUGCAAGACGACAGUGACAAGUCGAAGAAAGGCGCCUCGGGACGGCGGAAUCACUCCGGCGCCCUCGGUCCAGUCUGAGACUCAGCCCGAUCGCAUGUCCAGUCUUGAAGAGCGCUUAGCUAACAUAGAGGCUCUUCUCUCCGCGCUUGGGGGACUUAGAGUACCAGAAACACAGCCAGGACUCGACAUUUCUCUCAGCGAUAUUGGUGUUUCUGGAUCUUCAAAUAGUUGGGGCAUUUCGCCAAUUCAGACAUCUUUGGACGUAGCCCAUUGCCAACAUACAGCUAUCUCAAAUGCGGGCUCUCAAUUGACCAAGGCUGCGAGCUCAGAUCAGCUCGAGCUCGCUCCUCUAUCAGAAGUCCUCCCACUCGUGGACAACUAUUUCCGUAAUUACAACACCAUAAUCCCACUACUCGAAGAAAAUGUAUUCAUGCGCAUGCUUCUCGAUUGGUACUCUUCAUCCACCAAGCGCUCUACGGUCGCAUGGGCUGCUAUAAAUGUCGUCUUGGCUAUCAAUUAUCGCGUCCUUGAGGGAAAGGCAAUGGACGACCCUGCGUUUUCCCAAAGCAUCCGUAAUGUACGCUCUGUAAUGUCAGAGUUGAUGAUGCAAAGCCAGGACUUGAUGGGAUUGCAAGUACUUCUGGGCAUGGUGAUCCUGUUUCAAGGGUCUUCAGAGGUCCAACUCGCUAUUGUUCUAACUGGGAGCGUCAUUCGGCUUGCACAAAGUCUACGGUUGAACUCGAAGAAGGCAUUGGCAGGACUGUCGAAAUCGAAACAGGCGCAUAGAACUCGUCUGUUCUGGCUUACAUACAUCUAUGACAGGGAAAUGGCUCAGAGGUCUCAAUGCCCGUAUCACCAGCCCGACUGUGAAACAGACAUGGACCUACCAGAAGCGAACCCUGAAGAAAAUCUUGGUAUCAUCACCUCAUCAACCGACACCAUUCGGUUCAACUACCUCCGUUCAUGCGCCAAGUUUGCAUUCAUCCAAGGAAAAGCCCAUGAUCUUCUCUACAGCCAAAAGUCCCAUACCUUCACACCAGAAAGGAAAGCCAGAUCAAUCGCUCUGAUAGAAGAAUUGCUAAAAGAAUGGGUGGACGAAAUACCCCCAGAGCUUCGUACCAGAGAAGGUAUUGAUGAGAGGCUAUCCCCAUUAGCAAGGGAUAUGAUGGCAAAUCUGUGGUCUCGCCAUAUUGAGACCCGGAUCAAGAUUCACUCGAUAUUCACCUUUGAAGAUACGUGGAUCAAUAGAGUGAGGCGGUAUCUCUCACCUGCUGUGAUAGAUGUCAGCGACGACGUUGAUGGUGAGGUCAGAAGAGCGGACCUUACACCUCUUCCAGCGGGAUGGGACGAAUGCGUUGGCAAUGGUCGAGUUUGUCUGGAAUUAAUCAGUUCGGCAAAACUGACAGAGUAUAUCCUAUGGCUUCAUACAUGCACCGCACUCCCAUGUCUGAUCCUCAUCAUAGUCAACAUGAUCGAGUUUCCCGAGCACGAUCUCGUUACGCAGGAUCGGAAGCUUUUGGAUAGUUGUUUUGUAGUCUUUGACGAUAUGAUACAAUAUUUGCCCAAGGAGCCGUUUAGCACAAUAUUAUCUAUUUCUCAUCAGCUGGAUCGAAGGGCUAAGGGGCAGGUUUACCGCACUUUGCUGAUGAAGGGGGAUGUAUCCCAUGAGAAUGAUUUCCAGAUGAGUCCUUCGACUGCGUGGGCACUUUUGGAUGAUAUCGAGUUUCAGUGAUGGAAGAACUGACCACUGUUUUGUUGGACUAUCUAUAGUUGAGUAUUAUUUCAUCACAAUGUGUUCAAUCAUAG